UCAAAGGGCCAACUGAUAAAAAUCCAGACCACUCCCCACACUUCGCUCGCUUUCGUCUCUCGUCGUUCCCUGCGGCUCCGAGCUCCAGACCAAAGCGCAGGAGAAGAUGCUCAACGGCAUCCACCUCCAGAGCUCGAGCCUUCUCCCCAGCAACCUCUCGCUCUUCUCCUCCACUCCUCCACCUUGGAACCCUUCCCUUCUCCCAUUCUCUACCCAACGCCGAACCCAAGCUCUGAUUGCCAGUGCUCGAAGAGAAAGAAAGGUCGAAACCCUAGCAGAUAUCAAAGAAGCAGAAGUGGUCGAAGAAGAAGAAGAAGAAUACGGGGAAGAGGGGGAAGAGUUAGAAGCCGAUGCAUUCGCGUAUCCCGAUGCGUUCAUGGGGAGAGAGGGAGAAAAGGAUUACGAUAGAGACCCGGAGUUUGCCGAGAUUCUUGGGACCUGUGUGGAUGACCCCCAGAAAGCUCAAUCUCGAGUGGAAGAGAGGAUCAGGAAGAAGAGGAGCAAGAUAUUGCACGCGAAGACAGGGUCUGCGAAGCCCAUGAAUGUCUUGUUUAAUAAGUUUGAUUUUUCGAAUUCCUUUAUAUGGUUUGAGUUCUACAAUGCUCCACUCACAAAAGACAUAAAAUUAAUCUGUGAUACUAUUCGCUCAUGGUACAUCAUAGGACGCUUGGGGGGCUGUAAUUCUAUGAACAUGCAGUUAUCAGAAGCACCUUUGGAGAAUAAAAGACCAAGCUAUGAUCCUAUUUAUGGUGCUAAUGUGACACCAACUACCUUCUACAACAUUGGUGACUUAGAGAUUCAAGACAAUUUAGCACGCAUAUGGGUUGAUAUUGGUACCACUGAGCCAUUGCUUUUGGAUGUGCUGAUAAAUGCCUUGUUUAACAUAAGCUCCGAUUUUGUAGGGAUAAAACAGUUGGUGUUUGGCGGUUCAGAAUUUGAAAACUGGCGCGAAAAUCUCACAUCAGAGGAUGCUGGUUGCAGUACACACAAGAUCUAGCAUCCAUGCAUUGCUCCAGUCAAAGACAAAUCGGCUAUUCUUCACAUAAAUAUCCAUGCAUUAGGAUCUUAAAAAGGAAGCUUCAGUGACUUAUACACCAUUCCUUGUCAGCAUUUAUCAAACCAUGAGUUUGCUCUGAAGUGCAAUGUUCAAAGGGGCAAAUGGCAGGACAUCCAACAAAGAUGAAAUCUCCAUCCAUCUUGAAUUUGAGUAAAAAUCCUAUUCUACAGUUAAUACUGCUAGUUUUGAAGGGACAAUUCUGUGAUGCUUUCUAUUAAGCAUAAGCUUUUUUUUUUUUAAAAAAAUAUAUAAUUCCCAGGCUUGAUUUGAUUAUUUGCAAUGGCUACUAAAUUAGGUUAAUA